UUUACGGUCAAAUGGAAAAUUUAAUAUAAAAAACUUAAUCAAUUAAUUAAAAAACUUUAAAAAAUAAAACAAUACUAAACAAAAAAACCUUUAAAGUAUUUAAGCAAAAAAACAACAAAACUGUCUAUUACACCAAAGAAAAUUCUGUUUACUUUCACGAAAAAACUUAAUUUAAAAAGCAAUAAAAAAACAGCUGGUGGUUGUUCAUUGAGAAAAGAAAAAUUAUAAUUAUAUAUUGAAAAAGAUUUUGUUUUAUUUUAACAAACCAAUAACUGAAUAGGGCACAAACAUAGAAAAACAACAUUUGGAUGACCACAAAGAGGGGGUGCUGUAAAAGUCUUACUACAACUAACUACGUCAUUUUCAAUAUAAAAAGAAUAUUUGGCAAACAAUAAUAAAAAAGAUAAAUUUUAAUAUUUAUUCUUAAUCACAAGCUAAAAACAACAUCAAUAUAAAAUGAAGUCAAAACGUGGCCUAGAAAAUCUAACAAUAACAACUUAAAAUUGUCAUAAUAAUAACGUCGUUAUUCAAUUUCAAAUUACUCUAGAAAUUAGAGUAUUUUAGCAGUUUCAGUUGAAACAAAAAAACAACUAACUGCUAAACAACAACAAAAAAACAAUAGCAACAUCGCCAAAAAAGUAUAAACAAAAUUUCAACAACAAAAUAUCAUCAAACAAAUAAUGUUAACUAGAACCCAAAAAUUAAUAUUGGGUGUAACAAUACUCAUACUGGUCGAUGUAAUAUGGGUUACUUCCAGCGAAUUAACAAAGUUUCUUUAUGAGGAUGAGAAUUUCAAAAAACCAUUUUUCUGUACAUAUUUUAAAACUUCUAUGUUUACCAUAUAUCUCGUCAUAAUUGGUCUAAUAGCACCCUGGAAGGAAACGUGCGAAAGACAAAAUGGCAAUUAUUCGAUGAUGGAUCAAAAUGUAGAGGAUGAUAGCUACUAUUCUCACCAUCCCUCUUUGAGUGAUCCCACAUUUAUACCCAUACGUUCGGCAGCUAGCACUAGCGUAGGUGGUGGUGGUGGUGCCAUAUCUGGCACUGAAAGUGAUGAUUCCAGCAUACGUUCGGUACGUUUUAGUAAAAUGGCCGAAGUACGUGAGAUGUCAGCUCAUGAGGCUACAGAGGCGUUAAUGGCACGUCUCUCUUACGCAGCUAGCAUGCGUAUACGCAGACAAACAUCUCAUAAUAAAACUGCUAAAACAGCUUUAAUGUUUUGUGUUUUGUGGUUUUUGGCUAAUUAUUUAUUUCAAGUUUCAUUGGAAAUGACCGAAACAGCUGUAGUAACUCUAUUGAGUUCUUCCUCGUCUCUCUUUACAUUGGCUUUGGCAGCUUUUUUCCCCUCAGCAGUAGGUGAUAAAUUUACCAUAACAAAAGUUAUAGCAGUGGCCAUGAAUAUUGGUGGGGUGGCCACUAUAACAAUCUCAGAUAUACAAGAUACCAAUUUUUCACGAGGCGCUUUGUUGGCAUUGUUUAGUGCAUUUUUCUAUGCUGCCUAUUUGGUGUUUGUCAAAAGAAAAAGUGAUACAGAGGAAAAAAUCGACAUACCAUUAUUUUUUGGUUUUGUAGGUUUAUGGAAUUUACUGUUAAUGUGGCCAAUAUUUUUCAUUUUAAAUUUUACCAAAAUAGAAAAAUUUGAAUUACCCAAUCAAAAUCAAUUUGCAAUAUUAUUUUUAAAUGGUUUAAUUGGUACCGUAGUAUCUGAAGCUUUAUGGUUAUGGGGCUGCUUUUUAACUUCCUCUUUAAUAGGCACCAUUGCCAUUUCUCUGCAAAUACCUUUAUCUAUAUUAUUUGAUGUGUUAUUGAAAAAGAAACCCUACUCACCGCUGUUUUAUAUAGGUUCUGUACCCACUUUUAUGGCAUUAAUGCUAUUAGCUUUACUCAUGCGUAAUGAUGAUUCCGAUCCUUUGAUGCGUUUAUUUAAAGUUAUUUAUAGAAAAUUAUGCAAUUGUAAAAAGCCAAAUAUUGUCAGAAUAAACGAUGAAGAGCAGCAAGAAUCUCUUAUUGGCAGUAAUGACUGAUUUAGUUUAAUUUAUUUUCUUUACAAAAGUAUUUACAAUUAAGUUACUAACAAUAUACAAACAUCCACACACACACACACUUACAAAAAGAAAAUGCCUCGAAAUUUGCUCAUUUUAAAACCAAAAAUAAAAAAGUAACAAAUAAACUUGAGAAAACAUAGUUCAAAACUCUAUUAUAAUUUGGCUGUAGUUAAGAAUUUCAUUUGCAUUCUGUUAUUUAUAUAAAAGCACAAUUUUAUUUUCCUUUUUUUCUAAUUAACCUCAGAUCUCUUUACGUUUUUAUUUUAAUUUUUAUGAUUUUUUUUUAACACAACAUUUUUGUAAAAAAGUAAAAUUUUGUAAAGUUGUAUGUAUAGCUUUUUAGCAGUUUUAAUAAUAAAUUAACUAUAUAUAUGUAGUUGUAUUUAAAACUAAAUAAAAUUUUAUGUAUAUUUUAUGAUUAUCU